AUGGGCGUGCCCUCGCGCGAGUGGGAGGGGCCAGGCCGCUGUGGGAGCCUCCGGGAAGAAGAUGCUCGGGCCCGCAGCCGCCGCCAGCCCCGUCGCCGCUGUCUCCCGCGCCCGCUGCCCCCGGGGCCCCCACUAACGGCCGCCUCCGAUUCCCACCUCCGGCCCCGCUCCUCCGGCCCCCCGCCCCAAGCAGGGCUCCGUCAGCCCCCCAGAACCAGCUCCCUCCCUCCUUCCCUCCUUCCCUCUCCGGGGUUCGGGGCUGAGAGCUUUGUCUGCUAUGGGGGGGAGGAAGGCGAAUACUUCCUGAAGGUGCUGAUCCCCAGCUACGCAGCAGGCUCCAUCAUUGGCAAGGGCGGGCAGACCAUCGUGCAACUGCAGAAGGAGACGGGAGCCACCAUCAAGCUCUCCAAGUCCAAAGACUUCUACCCUGGAACCACAGAGCGGGUAUGCCUAGUACAGGGCACAGCAGAGGCCUUGAAUGCUGUGCACAGCUUUAUUGCUGAGAAGGUCCGAGAAAUCCCACAAGCGAUGACCAAGCCUGAGGUGGUCAACAUCCUUCAACCCCAAACCACGAUGAACCCCGACAGAGCCAAGCAGGCCAAGCUGAUCGUCCCCAACAGCACUGCGGGCCUGAUCAUCGGCAAGGGGGGCGCAACGGUGAAAGCCGUGAUGGAACAGUCAGGUGCGUGGGUGCAGCUGUCCCAGAAGCCGGAGGGCAUCAACCUGCAGGAGCGCGUGGUGACCGUGAGCGGUGAACCUGAGCAGGUGCACAAGGCCGUGAGCGCCAUCGUGCAGAAGGUACAGGAAGACCCCCAGAGCAGCAGCUGCCUCAACAUCAGCUACGCCAACGUGGCUGGCCCCGUGGCCAACUCCAACCCCACCGGCUCGCCCUACGCCAGCCCGGCUGACGUGCUGCCCGCUGCCGCCGCCGCCUCGGCCGCCGGGGGAGGGGGUGGCCCGCUGGUGGCCGCGGCAGCCGCGGCAGGGGCGGCCGGGGGCUUCCUGACGGCAGAGAAGUUGGCAGCGGAGAGUGCCAAGGAGCUGGUGGAGAUUGCGGUGCCUGAGAACCUGGUGGGAGCCAUCCUGGGCAAGGGGGGCAAGACGUUGGUGGAGUACCAGGAGCUGACAGGCGCCCGCAUCCAGAUCUCCAAGAAGGGCGAGUUCCUGCCAGGCACGCGGAACCGGCGGGUCACCAUCACGGGCAGCCCCGCGGCCACGCAAGCCGCUCAAUACCUCAUCAGCCAGCGGGUCACCUACGAGCAGGGGGUGAGGGCCUCAAACCCCCAGAAAGUGGGAUGAGGCCCGUGGUGUGCGCUCCCACUCUUCUCCCUUCCCCCAACCCCUCCUCCUCCCUCUCCUCCUCCCCAACUCCUGACCUCAGCCUGGUGUGGUCCUGCUCCUCUGGGGAUGGGGCUGGGGUAGGCCUGACUGCGCCCUCCCCUUCUGGUAGUCAUAGGCAGGAUUGAGCGAUGGUUGGGGACAGGGCUCAGAAGCCCCCUCCCCAGCCCUGAACCGACCCCUCCCUCCUCCCUGUCUGUGCUUGACUGGGCCUGACCCUCCUCUCCCAGGGCCCAGUUCUGUGUGAUAUCUGUAUAUAUUGCAUUUUGUUGAUUUUAAUAGAAAACAAAGCGUUAUUUUCUCUUU